AUGGCAGCCUACAAUCCCGUAAACAACCAGAAUAAUGCUUCACCAUAUGGAUCCGGCGAUCCCUACUACAACGAAUCUUCUGGUUUUAUCACGCCCCACGCCCCUCCCAAAAAGCGCAUUAGCAACUGGAUCAAGUUCGGUAUCCCAGUCCUCAUUAUUGUUAUUGUCGCUGCCGUCGUAGGAGGCGUGCUUGGCAGCCGCAAGAGCAACAACGAAAGCAGCAGCGCCAGCAGUGGUAGCAGCGGGACCGCCGGCGGUGCAGCAGCGGCCAGCUCUGCUGCCAGUGCAAAGCUUGCCAUAGGGAGAUUUGCAACCGCCACCGACAGCAAGUACAUGGUGCCCGUCUACCCUUCCACCACCAACACCGCUGCUUUCACCUCGCCUACCUUCAUCGCAUCCACCAACUCCAAGAUUGCCUGGCCCGAAGACCCAUUCAAACCCGCUAGCCCUACCGUUCUCUCCGUCCGAACAGACCGUCCCCGCCUGAUUGCCCCCACGUACAAGUGGGACGCCCUCCCUAAUCUCAUUGCCAAUGACCCCUACCUCAAGGGCUGGAAUGACACCAUUUUUGGAAAUGCCACGGAAUACUUCAACCUCCCUCCUGUUGUGUAUUUUAUGGACGGGGACAGCGGCAUUCUUGACAAUGCCCGUGAAGUGAAAAUGAGGAUCAAAGCGUUCGCUUAUGCUUACCGUAUGUCCAAGGAUACGAAGUGGGUUGACAGGGCUUGGGCCGAAGUCUUGAAUGCUGCUGGAAAUGGCACGACUCCUUUCGGACCUGAUGUGGACAAGUGGAAUACCGGUCACUUCCUGGACGCUGCUGAGUUCUCGUCCGCCUUCGGAAUUGCGUACGAUUGGCUCUAUGACAUGUGGACCGACGACCAAAAGGUCGCAAUCAGGUCUACCAUGAUCAGGUAUGGCCUUCAACCCGGUUUGUCCACGUACACGGAAAAUGCCAGCUUUGGGUGGUGGAGGAACAACAUCACCGGAAAUUGGAAUUGUGUCUGCAACGGAGGGUUGACUGUUGGUUCCCUCGCUAUUUUGGGUGAUGACACCACCGGGGUCGCACGUCAACUCCUUGGCUUCACCGUCGACAAUGCGAAGGAUAAUUGCGCAUUUGCCGUUGUGGAUGAUGGAUCGUGGGCAGAGACUGCCAACUAUUGGUAUUUCGGUACCACCGGCCAUGCGGAAAUGGCGUCGGCGCUCUUGACUGCAACUGGGUCACAUUACGGCCUCCUUGACGCCAACACCAACUUCUGGAAGACUGGUCAAUACCACAUGUACGUCUUCGGUCCCACCAGUCUGUUCGACUACGGCGAUCAUGGCCCGAACAAGUUCUCCACCACUGCCAACUCGAUGUUCCUCUACGCCGACCAAUUUGAGCAGCCCUCUUUCGCCCUCCAUCAACGCGACCAACAUGACGCCGCGGAGCCGUGGAGUAUGUUUUGGUAUGACCCAACCGUUUCAGGUGCCUUCUGGGAUGGUGCCCCCCUCGACCACUUCUUCGACAACUCACUCGAUCAAUGGGCUUCCAUGCGUAGCAGUUGGACAGAUGGUGAUGCCCUAUUCGUGGCUAUUAAAGCUGGACGCAACCAAGGCCAUCAAACUCACAAUGAUCUCGACGCUGGUGAUUUCGUUCUCGAUGCCCUAGGCACCCGAUGGGCAGGCGAACUCGGGUCUGGCGAUUAUCGUGCAACGGCCUACUUCCUCAGCGAGGCUCAAGACGCUGACCGCUGGAAGUACUACCGAAAGAUGACUGAGGGUCAGAACACCAUUCUCGUCGACCGCGCCAAUCAAAACGUACUCGCGGCUCCUUCAGUGAAGCAUGACACCUCAGGUACAACCCAGGGUUCCAGCACUGUUAUCAACAUCCCCGGCGAUUCGACAGCCUACUGGACGUCCGACCUCACGUCCGCUUACUUCCAAGCUACUUCGGUCAAGCGUGGUGUCCGUCUGCUCAAUGCCCGUCGCCAGGUCCUGCUCCAGGAUGAGAUAAAUGCCCAGGCAGGCGUCCAAUGGCGUAUGCACACCAAUGCUACGGUGACCCUUGACGGUACCUCUGCCAAGCUGGAGUUGGACGGGCAGACCAUGGAGGUCUCCAUCCUCAAUGCUCCCUCUGGCGCGACCUUCUCUACAACAGACGCCGUCCGAUUCUCAACUGACCCCACGCCGCCCGUCCCAGAUCAGGCCAACCCUGGUGUGACCGUCCUCAUCAUCGACUUGCCCGCUGGAACCUACAACCUCCAAGUUCUCUUCAACCCGCAAUGGCCGGGUAUGUCUGCGAGCGACUUCGUGACACCGCCAUCUGUGCCUCUCGACAAUUGGUCACUGACGAGCCACAACUGA